UUCCAAAAAUUUCAACUCUUUCUUCUACUUCUUCUUCUUCCACUUUCUCCUCUUGCUCUGUUUCUCUUUGUUUCAAUGGCUUUCUCAAUGGAAACAGAGCAAAAGCCUGCCCUUCCCAUGUUGUCCGACCCGGCAUCAAUGCUGCUUCCGCCGGGUUUCCGUUUCCACCCUACGGACGAGGAGCUCAUCCUGCACUACCUCGGCAAGCGCGCCGCCGCGCUGCCGUGCCCGGUGUCGAUCAUCGCCGAAGUCAACAUCUACAAGUUUGAUCCAUGGGACCUCCCAGCCAAAGCGUGGUUUGGGGAGAAGGAGUGGUACUUCUUCACCCCGAGGGACCGGAAGUACCCGAACGGCCUCCGGCCGAACCGCGCCGCCGGAAAGGGUUACUGGAAGGCGACCGGGACCGACAAGCCGAUCGUGUCGAGCAAGGGAAAUGAGAACAUUGGAGUCAAGAAGGCGCUGGUUUUCUACACCGGGAAGCCGCCCAAGGGGACCAAAACCGAUUGGAUCAUGCACGAGUACCGUGUCGUUCACGCGCACAAGAACAGGAGCAACAAUUGCAAGGCUAUGAAACUCCGUGACUCCAUGAGGCUGGACGAUUGGGUUCUCUGCAGAAUCUACAAGAAGUCCAACACGCAGGAAGGCGAGAAAGAGUCAUCAUCCUCCGCAGAGGAUGUGGAUGUCUCCAUCAACGCAAGUCCUCCAAGAACAGCAACGUCACUACGCGAUAGCAUUCUGAACCUACCCAAAACUUACUCUUUUUCGGAGCUGAUGAGCGCCGUCGACCACCCGGAGAUCUCUCAGUUGCUCGAACACCCCUACGACGCGCUCGGAUUGUGGAACAACUCAUUCAGCCAAGAUGCCAGCCACAGCAGCUUCCUAAUCGAAACAGACCCCUCUGUUUUAAUGACAGAGAACAACAAUAACUCGCUGAAGCGCCCGUUCAGAACCAAUCACUGGUUCCAAGAAGAACUUAAAAUUUCACCUGCAGAAAAGAAACCAAGAACAGAAACAAAUUUAAAUUUGCAAGUCAUGGUGCCGGUCCAUCACUUGCACUAAAUCUGUGAAGCCUAAUGAGUAAGAACCAACGUCUAUUCCAAGACCACUAAAUUUAACUCGUUUUGCAGAGUUCCUCAAGGGAACUGUAGUAGAUAAUGAAUUAGUUUGGGAAAAAAGGUUGUGAUGCUUUCUCGACUAUGAUACCAAAGACCUGUUGAUCAUCUUAGGAUUCUGUUGUGGGAUAUGAAUUCUGCUAAAAAUUAUUGAAUCUUUUGUCC